CAUAAAAAUCGAUUAGUCGAAAGUCGACUGAAUUGAAUUGAAUUUUUUCCUGUGCGGAUAUUUUACAAUUUUUGCCUAGAAUAAACGAAAUUAUGUUGUAAAAAUGAUAUAGCAACUAAUAUUUAGCCCCGAAAGCUAAGUGUGUUUAAAAGAAGUACUCCGAAACAACCACAAAAUGCCCUCGAAGUUGGACCACACAAAUUAAACGCAAUAGUUGUGAUGGAAGACAAAAGACCCCUGUGAAAAAAAAACUAAAAACACACCAAAAACAUAGCAAAAAUAAAAGCAAAGAACGAAACGAAACAAAAAGUAAGGAAAACAAUUGUUGUUACAUUUUUCGGUAUUUUGUGAAUAAAUUGGUAGAAAAAAGCCUCAUGAUUGUUGCUGUUUUCAAUAUACCAGCAGCAAAAAGAAGGACAGACCAUCACAUAUUACUAUAGUUAGGAGGGAUUUCUUCAUUUUUAUAGCAUUACAAACAUUGAAAAUUCAUGGGCAUACAAAUGCUACUUGUAAAUAGGAAAUCUGUUAUCAAACCUCAUCAGCAAGAAGAUCAGCAGCAGCACCAGCAGAAGCCGCAACAGCAGUAUCAGCAACAUCAGCUUCGAGAGCGACAGCAAAUAUUUGAUCCACUUUAAAAAUUUGUUCUUUCUUUCGUUUGUAUGGGACUGACUAAGUUCGACAGUGAAUAAACAGAAAAUAUUCAUGUCAAAAGAAUAACAAUAAGAGAGGAAAACAAAUCGACAUACCCCCGAUACGACAUACGACAGCAGCAAGGCGGUGCACCAUACAUAAGUGUAGGAGUACAAGUUGUAUUGUUAAACAAUAUCCCCCUCCUAGGCCCAAAAAGUGCAGUAGUGCACAUUUGAAUAUUUGGUUUUAUUUAUUUUUAGUGAUUGUUGCCCAACAACCAUCCCGUUUCUAUAAUGGAGCAAAAAAGAUGUUCCUUCAAUUUGCUUCUAUUGACACAUCUUAUUGUCUGCCUUUACAUUUUGGGGCUUUUGCCUCAAGUUGAUGGUCACAUUCUGGUGUAUCGGCGUAUUACGAAUCAGGUUUUUCUCAUUGAGGAAUACAAUGAUAUGCCGGCUCAAUUUGGUCCUAGUCUAUCGGCAACAGGUAUAAAAGUAUUUGCUAUACCUGCAGAACCAAUAAACGCUUGUAACAAAAUCGCUCCGCCACCCAGGUCCAAUUACCCUGGUACAGCUAAAUUUGCGGCAAUUAUACAAAGAGGUGGCGAGGAUUGCACUUUUGAGCUUAAAGUUCGCUAUGCACAAGCUGCCCAUUUUGAUGCUGCAAUUAUCUACAACAAUGAGGGCGAUGAUUUGGAACACAUGUCUGCGCAAAAUUCCAGUGGGAUUAUGAUACCAUCUGUGUUUGUGGGCCAUACUACUGGCAUGACACUGAAAUCGUUCUAUACACCAGAAAUUGUUUUAGUCAUAAACGAUGAGCUGCCUUUCAAUAUCAACACCCAAUUAAUUUUACCAUUUUCUAUAUUAAUUGGAAUAUGCUUUUUGAUAAUGAUAUUUUAUAUGAUUUAUAAAUGCAUUAGAGAGGAAAGACGCCUGAGGCGUUAUCGUUUGCCGAAGAGAAUGCUGAAAAAGUUGCCCAUCAUCAAAUACACCAAGAAUAGUAAUAUUGCCUAUGAUACUUGUGUCAUAUGCAUAGAAACGUUUGCCGAGGGUGACAAGCUAAGAGUUUUACCAUGCAAACAUCCUUAUCACAGCGAUUGCAUUGAUGUUUGGCUAACCGAAAAUAAACGCGAGUGUCCCAUUUGCAAGCGUCGGGUUUUUACGAAAGGCGAAGCCCGAUCACAACGGAAUCGACAGUCUUCAUUGGAUAGUAUGGUAGAUACUGAUGAUGAUACAGCCCCAUUGUUGCAAUCAUCACAAAAUACUUCAAGUGCUACAAUAACAUCGACUCGUUCAUCAGCCCCCACCACUAGACAUGGCACCUUCCAACGUGGUAGUGGUGGUGUUGAAACCGGUGCCAGUGCUGGUGGCGAUGUGACUUCCGAUGAUGAAAAUAUGCUCUCAUCACCUGCCCGACGCAUAAAUCCCUUUGAUCGCACACCUAAUUUGCCACCCCAUUGGGAGGAGCAACUCAAUAAUGGGGAACGCAGAAGUUCUUUGUGGUAUUGGCCAGUUUUCAGAUGGAUUUCACGUCGACCUACCACAAUAAGUAUUGCUGCUCCACCUUAUCAAGAGGAUAUCUUAACUGAUGUUAUAGCUGCGGAAAAUCCUGCUGAUGCAGCGGCCAUUGCAAGUUCCACACCAACUUCCAUAUUAAGAGCAACAGCACAGCAUUCUUCGAAUAAUGUUUUAAAUCCGAAUUUAAGCGGCUCCUUUAAAGAUGACGAUGAAGAUGAUGAUGCCCCCUUGCAAUGUAUAUAUGAACCGGCAGCAGCAGUAGCAGCUGCUGUGGUAUCAAAUUCAACACCGGACCAACAAUCUAACACACAACCCUCACAGCAAAUGAAUAUAGAUAGCAAAAACAAAGUUGUGGCUGCGGUUGCCGCCGAAUCGGACCCAGUUUUUCUACAAACUCCCACACAAGGGGGUUUGGCGGUGGCCGCUCUACCCGUCAAUACAAAUGACACACUGAACACAACAAAUGCUAAGCCGACAACAACAAGCGAACCAAACAGGUUUUGGUAAUGAUAAUAAUGAUACUAACUGAUGAUCAUGCUGAUGAUUAUCCACUCAAGGGAGAGAACUGCACUUGUAUUUUGGAAAAGGAUUUGGGCAUAUUUUUAGUCAAGUGCAAUCACCUAGCCAGUCAGACACUCCGUCAGUUUGCCAGCUUGACUCGUUUUCAGACUCCUCUUUCCUAGAGUGUGGUGUUUUCGAACAGAAGAGCAACUCUUACGAAAAUUUUAUAUUAACUUUUCUUUUUUUUAUGUUUUAAUGUUAGGGAAAACUUCUUCCUUCCUGUUACUCCUCCUUGAUUAAAACAGAAAAACAAAAAUAAUAAUUGUGAUUUAUUUAAAACCGAUAUAAGGAUUUAAAUUAAAAAAAAAAAAACGAAAUAAAAUAAUAGCUUACCUUUAAAUAACAACAACAACAAAAAUUAAUAAGUCUAUAACUAAAAAGAAAACAACAAAAUUAAAUUUUAAGCUUGUGUAAGUCUUACAUUUCCUCAUAUACAUACAUACAGCUAGGAGUUUUUUUUUUAUUAGAAAUGGUUUUGUUAUACACCUAAUGAGCAAAAGUCCUGCCUGUCUCCCCUUCAACCAAAGGGAUUAUGCAGAACAUCAAUGAAUAAUGAUGAUGAUGGAGAAAAGUCCUUAGGGCCGGCCACCACUACCAGUUACAUGAAAGUAAAAUUUUUAUAAAAAAAAACAAACAAAAACAAAAACUGUAUAUGUAACGUAUUAUAAUUUAUAAAAAGAAAAGAAAGUAAACAAAACAAAAGAAAUCAAAUACUAAUAUUAGUAUAGACAUUUUUAUAACUCUGUACAAUCGUUUUUCAUUGUUAAAAUUUAAUUUUUGUUUUCUUAUAAUUAUUACCAUUUUUUUUUAUUUUGUUAAAAUUUUACUUUUACUCAUUUUUAUUUGUAUUGCUUGUAGCAGUUAACAACUUCUUUUUUUGAUUAGUUUAUUAACCUCAUUUUUUUACCAUAUGAAAAAUGAAAUCGAUCUAUACUCUCCCCUACUCACUCCCUCUCUUUGUUAUAUGCCCUUAAAUUUUUGUACCAAAAAUAUUAGAAAAAUGGAAAAUAAUAAAACAACAUAAAGCAGAAGGACAACAAUUCAGCCAUGGCUCUUUAAGAUCCAUUCAAUUGCAAUUUCAUUGGCAUGUGUGUGUUUGUGUGCGUUUUUAACUAAGUACCUUUAUAUAUAAUUUUAUUAUUUUUAAUUGUUAAGCAACCCUAUCUACAAUAUAUAAAUAUAUACAUGUAUUAUGAUGAUAUGAAUUAAAGGAAAAAAAAAACGAAACGAAAUUAAAUUACAA